AUGCAUGCAUUAGUUUUAUGUGAUUUUACAAAUAACAUAUGGGGACAAUCCAACCUUUCAAUCCCUAUUAUUCAGACAAAUAAUUUUCAUGAGUGGUUUGGUGCGAUUUUGGAUAUUCUUGACACUGAUGGUCUGAUGUAUGUAGCCGCAAUCCUCUACCACAUUUGGAGGGCAAGGAACAAAGCAGUUUGGGAUGCCUAUCUACCAAGGCCGAAGAAAGUUUUAAUGACGGCUACCUCCGCGCUACACGCAUGGCGCACUGUGCACCACAUGGCCGUACAGCAUGCCACUUCGGCGCCGGCCGAACCUCCCCACGCCACUACCGCCCAACUCGGUGCGCCUCCGCCGGGAUUGCCUCCACGCCGUUGCUAUGUAGACGCCAAUUACCAUCACCCGACAAACACCGCCUCGGUUGGAGCAAUUUUGCUGGACGGAAAUGGAGGUUACAUCUCUGCCUACGCUUCCUCUCUUCCAAGUUAUUUCUCUCCUCUUAUGGCAGAGGCGGUAGCGUGUAAAGAAGCUUUGUCAUGGCUAAAGAAUCGUGGAGAGCACUCUAUAGAGCUAUACACUGAUUGA